AGUCACUCCCAUCCUUUAAUUAUUUAGCUUAGAAUUGAGUGAUAAUAUAGGCUUAACUUUGGCCCCUCGUUGCCCAGCGGGGAGCUAGCAAAUGCUGCUAUGCUCUCCUAUAUAUAGGAGUAGCAAGCUAGUUCACACUUUGGUCCAUAGACAUACAGAUUCACACGUACGGCCGGGUAUCAUCAGUAGCAAGCAAGUUCAAAGUUGAUUUGCUCCCGCGAGGGUCGAGACAUAUACACACCGCAAUGGCAAUAGAGGCAGCAUCAGCAACGCCAGCACCGGAGCGAAGCACGACGCACGUGGUGCUGCUGGCGUGCCCCGGCGCCGGCCACGUCCUCCCGGUGGCCGAGCUCGCGCGGCGCAUCGUCGCGCAUAACGACGGCUUCACCGCCACGCUCGUCACCCACACCAACUUCUCCUCGGGCGACCACUACGCCUCCACCUUCGCCUCCCUGCCGCCGUCCGUCUCCACUGCCCAGCUCCCGGAGAUGUCCAUCGACGACCUCCCCGCCGACGCCCGCGCCGAGACCCGCAUCAUCACCAUCGUCAAGCGCGCGCUCCCGCACCUCCGAGACCUCCUCCUCCGGCUGCUCGACUCCCCGGCCGGCGUCGCGGCUUUCGUGCCGGACCUCUUCUGUCCGUGGGCGCUCGAGGUCUCCGGGGAGCUCGGGAUCCCGGGAUACAUCUUCUGCCCGUCGAACCUCAUGGGGCUCUCCUCGCUGCUCUACACUCCCGAGCUGGACAGGACCACCACCUGCGAGUUCCGCGACCUCCCGGACCUCGUCCGCCUCCCGGGCUGCGUGCCGCUGCACGGCGCCGACCUGGUCGACACCAUCCAGGACCGCGGCGACCCGGCGUACCCGCUCAUGGUCGAGCUCGGGGAGCACUACCUCCUCGCCCAAGGCUUCCUCGUCAACACCUUCGACGCCAUGGAGCACGAGACGAUAUUAGCGUUCCAAGAGUUGUCCGACAAAGGCGUAUACGCCCCGGCCUACGCGGUCGGCCCGUUCGUCCGGUCGUGCUCCAACGAGUCGAACAAACACAGCUCGUUACAGUGGCUGGACGCGCAGCCGGACGGGUCGGUCCUGUACGUGUGCUUCGGCAGCGGCGGCACGCUGUCGACGGCGCAGACGGCGGAGCUGGCGGCCGGGCUGGAGGCGAGCGGGCAGAGGUUCCUGUGGGUGACGCAGUUCCCCAGCGACAAGGACCGGUGCGCGAGCUUCUUCGGCGGGGGCCGCGACGGGGACAGCCCCGUGAACUACCUCCCCGAAGGGUUCGUGGAGAGGACCAGAGGGACCGGGCUGGCCGUGCCGCUGUGGGCGCCGCAGGUGGAGGUGCUGAACCACCCCGCCGUGGCCGGCUUCGUGUCCCACUGCGGGUGGAACUCCACGCUGGAGGCCGUGGCGGCGGGCGUGCCGACCAUGGCGUGGCCGCUGUACGCGGAGCAGAGGAUGAACGCCGUGAUGCUGUCGGAGCGGGUGGGCCUGGCGCUGCGGCCCAGGGCCCGGGAGGAGGACGGGGUCGUGCCGCGGGACGAGGUGGCGCGGGUGGCCAGGGAGCUCAUGGUGGGGGAGAAGGGCGCGGCGGCGAGGAAGAAGGCCCGCGAGCUGCGGGAGGCGGCCCAAAAGGGAUUGGCUCCCGGCGGGAAGUCGCGCGAGGCGCUCGAGGCCAUCGCCGGCAAGUGGAAGAAGGCUGUUGGGAAUGGCAACUGAACGGCGGCUGCUUGAUUGCGGAUCUGCUACACUCUGAUCGAUGAGACCUGUGAGCAUGGGGGCUUUGGCGUGGCACGUCCUCCGGUCGGUGAGAUCUCAGACGGUCGCGACGUCUUAGCUUUCGUACAUUUAUUUCUUGUACUUGUAUGUUGUAUUGCGUGUUGUGCGUUUGGUUCUUCCCAGAAGAAGAAUAACGCUGCGGUCGCUUUUCGGCUGAGCAAAUCGUGAAGGUGUGUCUCAUCGAUCAAAUUGGCCAACUUAAAUAGAACAGCAAACUCGCACUA